AUGUCUUCGCUGGAGCAACUUAAAUCUCAGCGAACGAGUGCUCGAAAGAACCUUACGCGUAUGAGCAAAUCAGAGGCCAUAGAGCAGUUGGAUCCAGCUGAGCUACACCGCAGCACUCGUUUCGAGUUAGAGGAGUUAUUCAUCCAAGCCAAGGUUUGCGUUCAAGAACAGCUUGGACCAGAAGCAAACAGCACAGGCAUAAACGAAUCUACGGUUAAUUUUGGGCAUACGACUGCGGUCAAGCUUCCUCGCUUAGCGUUGCCUACAUUCGACGGCAAGUACUGCGAGUACCAAAACUUCAUCACGUCGUUCAAUCAGGUCGUAGGCCACCAGCCAUCAAUGUCUAAGAUCGAGAAGUUCAACCAGUUGUUAAACUGUCUUCGAGGACCCGCCCUAGAAACGGUACGAGCAUUCCAGGUGACCGCAGACAACUACACGAAGGCUCUGGAUCGCUUAAAGCAGCGCUACGACAACCCAACUCUCGUCUUCUUGGACAACAUAUCGUCGCUCUUCGCUUUGCCAACCGCUGCCAAAGCAAAUGGUCAGCAGUUGCGCAGUCUAAUCGACAAUGCGUCCGCAUUGUACAACUCGUUGCGUUCGUUGGGCAACGAGACACAGAUCUGUCAGGCCAUGCUCAUCUCCAUAGUCAUGGGAAAGGUGGACCAGGAGACCAAGAGGAAAUGGAAUGAGUCAUUGGAUUAUACCGUCUUGCCUUCUUGGGAUAACUGUGUUCAAGUCGUCGAACGUCAUUGCCAAUAUUUGGAAUCGGAUAAGAAGCCUACUGCUGAAGCCUCUAUGGUCCAACCAGGCGGCCAUAGAUCGCGCUCGCAGAGGAACCAGGCAAAAAAUCGUCUCAAUGCAGUAAAACGCUACAAGCUAUGCAUUAAUUGUCUCGGCAAGAAUCAUCUUGUCGCUAACUGCCCGUCUACACAGAGAUGCCGCACCUGUGCGUUAGCGCAUCAUACUCUGCUUCAUCGGCCCUCACCUGGGUCGACCGCAACUCCCUUGCCACAACCUCAAGCGGAGUCUGCACAAGUUUCGGACGCAGUCACACAUACUCACACGGAACCGCGUUCCGAUUGCGUCAUCCUGGCCACAGCGCUGGUCCUGGUCAAGGAUGCGUCCGGAUGCUACAAAAUAGGAAGAGCGCUUUUGGAUUCAUGCUCUCAGGUGAAUUUCAUAAACGAGGAGUUCGCCCAAAGUCUCCGACUGCCGCGGAGCAAACGCAACCUAGAGAUUCGUAGCAUUGGAGAGACACAAACGCAAAUCAAACACCAUACAACCACCAAUAUCAAGUCGAGGCACAAGCAUUUCGAGCUACUCCUUGAUUUUUGCGUGACAUCACACAUCGCCUAUCACCCAGAUUCGGAAAUUGACAUUUCCUCAUGGAAUCUUCCGCAGCACUCGUCGCUAGCCGACGAACACUUCAACAAGUCUCGUCGCAUCGAUUUGCUUUUAGGCACGGAAACCUUCUUCGAUAUCUUGGCAGUCGGCCAAGUUAAAUUAGGAAAGGAUCUGCCCGUACUCCAGAAAACGCUACUUGGAUGGAUAGUGUCUGGUCGAUGCAGAGCUCAUCCCAGAACCCUCCAUCAGUACUCAUCUAUCGUACUAGAUAAAAUUGACGAAAAUCUGGAACGUCUAUGGCGCAUCGAUCAUGUAGUGACUCCCGAGAAUACACUUACGCCGGAGCAGCGAAAUUGUGAGGAGUUCUACACAACCACGGUACGACGCAACUCUGAUGGUCGAGUGGAAGUACGACUCCCAUUUAAGGAGGCACCUACCGCUCUCGGAGCCUCUUUCGACAUCGCGAGGAGGAGAUUUUUAUCGCUCGAACGCAACCUAGGCAAACGGCCUGAGGUAUGGGCCAAAUAUGUACAAUUCAUGCAGGAGUUCCAAGACCUGGGACACAUGAGUCUCGUGGGUCACCUGCAGUUAAACACUCCGCAUUAUUAUAUUCCGCACCACUGCGUGCUCAAGCCAAAUAGCACAUCAACGAAGCUCAGAGUGGUUUUCGACGCAUCUUGCAAGACAACGUCCCAGAAAUCGCUCACCGAUCUUUUAAUGGUCGGGCCGACCAUUCAGCCAGACCUUUAUACAUUGCUUCUUCGUUUUCGUAUACACCGCUAUGCAAUCACUGCGGAUGUAGUAAAGAUGUUCCGUCAAGUCAACGUGUCUGCCCAAGAUCGCAGAUUUCAAUACAUCCUUUGGAGAGCUUCGCCAUCGCAACCCUUAAGCACCUUCGAAUUGAAUACCGUAACGUAUGGUACGGCGGCUGCACCGUAUCUGGCCAUACGCAGCAUGUCCUAUCUAGCCGACCACUUCAUGGACAAAUUGAGAAUUGGGGCUGAAGCCAUCAAAUCGUCGUUCUAUGUGGAUGACUUCCUGGGUGGAUCGGACACGGUAGAGGAGCUACAUCAAAUCAAGAGGGAAGUUACAACGAUUCUACAGGAUGGCCAAUUGGAACUCGCAAAAUGGCAUUCAAACCACUACAUCCUGUCCAGAGGCUGCACCAUCGCCGAGUUGGAACAAUCGAUAUGGUUUGAGGGACCUGAGUUUCUACGUCAAGAACCGCAAUAUUGGCCUAGGGACAAUAAAGACAUCAAUGACAUUGAUCUGGAAGCUGUGCAACUGGAGAAAAGAAAAUCAGCGUUUGCCGUACAGACUACCAGUAAUCAGCUGCUUGAAGGAGUCUACAAAUCCAGUUCAUAUCAGCGCUGCCUAUUAGUCGUCGCCUGGAUGUUUAGGUUUAUUCAUCGCUGUCGUAAUCUCACGCCAUCCCAGUCUCCAUCGCCAUCGCCAACGCCAACGGAAUUGCAGCGGGCGCUGCAUUGCAUCGUCUGGAAUAUCCAAACCAAUUACUUCGCUCAAGAGAUAUCAUCGGUCCUGAAGGGCCAGCCGAUUUGCACUAACCUUAAAAACCUUAGUCUCUUUCUUCAGGUCACAGAUGGUUUCCAACUUCUAAAGGUCGGAGGACGCCUGGAGUUAGCAGACUACCCAGAGACCCAAAGGCAUCCUGUCCUGCUCCCAACCAAGGACCCCUUUGUCUCUCAGUUCGUUCGCCGUCUCCAUCUCCAAAACUAUCACGCGGGACCAAGGACUCUUGUCGGCUUAAUUCGACGACAGUUUUGGAUAGUCAACGCAAGGGACUUAGCGCGACAAGUCGUUCGCUCAUGCAUACAUUGUCGCCGCUACCGACCAACUCUAGAAAAGCAGCUUAUGGGUCAACUGCCCAAGGAGCGCAUCACACCGUCUCGGCCAUUCUCAAGAUGCGGAAUAGACUUUUGCGGACCAAUCAACGUCUAUUUGCGCAUCCGGGGUAAGCCGCCCACCAAGGCAUACCUCGCCGUCUUCGUUUGCUUUGCCACAAAAGCCAUACAUGUCGAAGUGGUCUCAGAUCUCACGACGGAUAGCUUCAUUGCAUCACUCAAGCGCUUCAUUGCCAGACGCGGGCUGCCUUCGGACAUUUUUUGUGACAACGCUACUAACUUCGCAGGAGCCAACAACAAACUAGAAGCUUUGAAGCAGUUUCUCUUCAAGAAAGAAACGGCUGAAUCGAUCCAUCAUUUUUGUCGCAAUGAAUUCAUUAACUUUCAUUUCAUUCCGCCCAGGGCUCCACAUUUCGGGGGCAUAUGGGAGGCUGCCGUCAAAAGCGUCAAAGGACUACUCAAUCGCACUCUUCGAGACACCAGACUAACCUUCGAGGAGCUAGCCACAGCAGCUGCUGAUGUCGAGGCGAUUUUGAACUCUCGCCCAUUAACGCCGCUAUCAACCGACCCAAACGACCUGGCCGCUCUCACGCCUGGUCACUUCUUAGUGGGUGACGCACUCCGAGCUCUUCCAGAAGCUCCACCAAUCGACGACAAUCUGGACAAGUUGGACCGAUGGAAGAAGGUCAGCGCAAUUAAGCACCACAUCUGGAGUCGUUGGAGCCACGAAUACAUAAACGAGCUCCAAGUUCGCACAACCUGGACGAAGACUGCACCAAAUCUAGCGGUCAACGACAUGGUCAUUGUUCACGAGGAUAAUCUUCCCCCACAACGGUGGCUUCUUGGCCGCGUAGUCAGCACCAUCGGAUCGGACAACAUCGUGCGUGUAGCCAACGUACGCACCGCCAAGGGAAUCAUCCGCCGUCCCAUACGGAAACUCGCCUAA